GCUGGAAGUUGCCAUCGGGCUAGACCUGGACCGAUUCUUCCCUAGCCCCGCCGCCCACCCUCCCGCCAGCCUGCCCAAGAGAUGGGGCUGGUUUGAUAACCACAGCUGCCCCACGGCACUCGAGGCUGGAUGCAUUUCUUUAGUCAAACUGCAAACAACUCUGGGGAUGCCAAAAAGCCCUUCAAAGUGACACAGCUAAGCGAAGGAGCCCAUCUGGUUUUGGAAUUGUCCUCAUAUCCCUUCGCCUUCUUCGUCGGCUGCCAAACCUGUCCUCCAACAAUCGGAUUUUUUUUUUCUUUGAAGCUUCUCUAAACUCCAUCGUUACCUGAAACUCUUUCGACUGUACACAUAUAAAUAUAGAGAUUUUUUAUAAAAAAAAAACACACCCUUAUACAACAGGAGGAUAUGGAAGUUUUCCCUUUGCUCUUGGUUAUGUCCAUCUGCUGGUCUCGAACCUGGGACUCAGUGAUUGCGGAUUCAAUCAUUCAUAUCGGAGCAAUUUUUGAUGAAUCUGCCAAAAAGGAUGAUGAGGUAUUUCGCAUGGCAGUUGCUGAUCUCAACCAGAAUGAGGAGAUCUUACAGACAGAGAAAAUCACAUUUUCUGUGACAUUUGUGGAUGGCAACAACCCCUUUCAAGCAGUUCAAGAAGCCUGUGACCUCAUGAACCAAGGCAUCUUGGCCCUUGUCAGCUCCAUUGGCUGUACAUCAGCUGGUUCUCUCCAGUCCUUGGCAGAUGCCAUGCACAUCCCUCACCUCUUCAUUCAGCGUUCAACAGCUGGGACCCCACGGAGUGGCUGUGGACUCACCCGGAGCAACAGAAAUGAUGACUAUACACUGUCUAUCCGUCCACCUGUUUAUCUUAAUGAUGUUAUUCUAAGAGUGGUCACGGAAUAUGCCUGGCAGAAAUUCAUUAUUUUCUAUGAUAAUGAUUAUGAUAUCCGUGGAAUACAAGAGUUUUUGGACAAAGGGUCUCAGCAGGGGAUGGAUGUUGCACUGCAGAAAGUAGAAAAUAACAUCAACAGAAUGAUCACCACUCUCUUUGAUACGAUGAGAAUAGAAGAACUAAACCGCUAUAGAGACACCCUUCGACGAGCCAUUCUGGUGAUGAAUCCUUCUACAGCCAAAUCCUUCAUUACAGAGGUCGUGGAGACUAAUUUGGUUGCUUAUGACUGUCACUGGAUCAUUAUAAAUGAGGAAAUAAACGAUGCUGAUGUACAGGAACUAGUGAGAAGGUCAAUUGGAAGGUUAACUAUUAUUCGGCAGACAUUUCCAGUCCCCCAGAAUAUAAGUCAGAGAUGUUUCCGUGGCAACCAUCGAAUAUCUUCAACAUUGUGUGAUCCCAAAGACCCAUUCUCCCAGAAUAUGGAGAUCUCCAACCUUUACAUAUAUGAUACAGUGCUUCUACUUGCCAAUGCUUUUCACAAGAAGUUAGAAGACCGAAAGUGGCAUAGCAUGGCAAGUUUGACAUGUAUCAGGAAGAACUCUAAACCCUGGCAAGGAGGGCGGUCCAUGCUGGAUACCAUCAAAAAGGGAGGAGUAAGUGGAUUGACUGGUGAUUUAGAAUUUGGAGAAAAUGGGAUCAAUCCCAAUGUACAUUUUGAAAUACUUGGAACCAACUAUGGAGAAGAUCUUGGCAGAGGUGUCCGUAAGCUUGGCUGCUGGAAUCCUGUUACGGGUCUGAAUGGUUCAUUGACAGACAAAAAACUGGAGAAUAACAUGCGUGGAGUGGUUCUUCGAGUGGUGACUGUUCUGGAAGAACCAUUUGUGAUGGUGUCAGAAAAUGUUUUGGGUAAACCGAAGAAAUACCAAGGUUUCUCCAUUGAUGUUCUGGAUGCCUUAUCUAAUUACCUGGGCUUUAACUAUGAAAUUUAUGUUGCACCAGAUCAUAAGUAUGGGAGUCCUCAAGAAGAUGGUACUUGGAAUGGGCUAGUUGGAGAAUUAGUGUUUAAGAGAGCUGAUAUAGGAAUUUCUGCAUUAACCAUAACUCCAGAUCGUGAAAAUGUGGUAGACUUUACAACUCGCUACAUGGACUACUCUGUGGGUGUGCUGCUGCGCAGGGCCGAAAAGACAGUGGAUAUGUUUGCCUGCCUUGCCCCAUUUGACUUUUCUUUGUGGGCUUGCAUUGCUGGCACUGUGCUACUGGUGGGACUGCUCGUUUACCUCUUAAAUUGGCUUAACCCUCCACGAUUGCAAAUGGGAUCAAUGACUUCUACCACGCUCUACAAUUCAAUGUGGUUUGUCUAUGGAUCCUUUGUUCAGCAAGCAGGUGGUGAAGUCCCUUAUACAACCCUGGCCACUCGAAUGAUGAUGGGAGCUUGGUGGCUCUUUGCAUUGAUUGUCAUCUCAUCAUACACAGCUAACCUUGCAGCUUUCCUCACCAUCACACGAAUUGAAAGCUCUAUCCAGUCUCUCCAGGAUCUUUCAAGGCAAACAGAUAUUCCUUAUGGCACUGUCUUGGACUCUGCAGUCUAUGAGCAUGUACGCAUGAAGGGGAUGAAUCCUUUCGAGAGGGAUAGUAUGUAUUCCCAAAUGUGGCGAAUGAUUAACCGAAGUAAUGGAUCAGAGAACAAUGUGUUGGAAUCUCCAGCAGGAAUUCAAAAGGUGAAAUAUGGAAAUUAUGCUUUUGUAUGGGAUGCAGCUGUCCUGGAAUACGUGGCUAUCAAUGACCCAGAUUGUUCCUUUUAUACUGUUGGGAAUACCGUUGCAGAUAGAGGGUACGGAAUUGCACUCCAGCAUGGCAGUCCAUACCGGGAUGUCUUUUCACAAAGAAUCCUAGAACUUCAGCAGAAUGGAGACAUGGAUAUACUGAAGCAUAAGUGGUGGCCAAAGAAUGGCCAGUGUGACCUGUAUUCUUCUGUGGACACUAAACAGAAAGGCAGUGCCCUGGACAUAAAGAGCUUUGCCGGUGUCUUCUGCAUUCUGGCAGCAGGGAUUGUCCUCUCCUGCUUCAUAGCAAUGCUGGAGACCUGGUGGAACAAGAGGAAAGGCUCCCGGGUUCCUUCAAAAGAGGAUGACAAGGAAAUUGACCUGGAGCACCUCCACAGACGUGUCAAUAGCUUGUGCACAGAUGAUGACAGUCCCCAUAAACAGUUUUCCACCUCAUCAAUUGAUUUGACCCCUCUGGACAUUGAUACAUUACCAACUCGACAAGCACUGGAACAAAUCAGCGAUUUCAGGAACACUCAUAUUACCACAACAACCUUUAUCCCAGAGCAAAUCCAGACUCUUAGCCGUACACUGUCAGCUAAGGCUGCUUCGGGUUUCUCAUUUGGCAACGUGCCUGACCACCGAACUGGGCCUUUCAGGCACAGGGCACCUAAUGGGGGCUUUUUCAGGAGUCCUAUCAAAACAAUGUCAUCAAUCCCCUAUCAACCAACUCCCACUCUUGGGCUUAAUCUUGGUAAUGACCCAGACCGAGGUACCUCCAUAUGACCACCAGGCAAAGCUUCUUCACCAUUUCUUUUUAGGACUCCCUUUGCAAGGAGCAAAUGUAAUAUUGUGGGACUAACAUGGAUGUAACUUUUUUUAAAAACAAAUCAGGAUUAUUAGUAACAGCUCUAGAUCUUUCUCUUGACCAUCUCGCUUUCUCUCUCUCUUUCUUUCUCCCUACCCAUUUCCCUCCAUUUUUUCCCUUAGUCACCUUGUUCCCCCAAAAUAUAGGACACUAGUAUUCUAUUAGUAUGCUUUUCAGAUACUGUACUUCAAGUAUAGGAAAUGUGCACUGAAUAUACUACAAGUAUAUGCAGGAUUACUUUGACAUAAAGGCCUCCACAAUGUCUCUCUUUUCUAAAAAAAAAAAAAUAAUAAACUUGCAAUAAUUUCAUUCUUUUUCUAUUUGUUCUGCUGCAUCCAUCCAGUGCUUUGCUUCUGUUCUGUGUCCUUUAACUGUGGGCCAAAGGCAACCCCUGCAGUGUAAAAAAAGACCCUUCAGGCCACAUAACAUGAGAAUGCAAUUUUGUAGGACUACAAAAAGCCAUCACUAUGCCAGUAAAAACUACAGUUAAAUUUAUUCUUGCACUGCAACAGUGCAUAUGACCUUUAUGUGAUUGUACAGUAUUAAAAAGGUUUCCUUAUGUACAGUAAACUUUAUCAUGUGGCAGAAACCUGUCGUGUUAAAUAAAUUAGUAUCUCAUAUAUACAUAU